GUGACUCGGGCACUGAUGCACCUUGGUUCCUCCUAUUCUCUGCCUGCAGCACAUCAUAGUCUUGUCUCCUGCAGCCUUCCUACAGCAGCAGCGGCGGCAGCAGCAAGAGCUGCAGCAGUAGGAAGACAUGGCCGACUGGAUCUGACUAGAAAACUCACCCUGAGCUGAGAAAUCACAGCCUGCACAAAGGACGGGACCGUGGGUGACAGCAGCAGCAGUGUUGUUGACCACUGGGAUGCAUCGUGGGUCUCGGGAGCUCCAAUGGCUUUUAUGUCCAGGUUCUCCAGAAGCAGCUCCAGGUCACCCAGCCGGGGGUCUCAGGAAGACACCAGCAACCACCCCAUCCUCAGUGUCUUUGAGCUGGAGAGGCUGCUGUACACGGGGAAGACGGCCUGUAACCAUGCAGAUGAGGUCUGGCCAGGACUCUACUUGGGAGACCAAGAUAUAGCAGCCAAUCGGCGUGAGCUGGCCCGCCUGCACAUCACCCACAUACUCAAUGCCUCACACAGCAAGUGGAGAGGAGGUGCCGAGUACUAUGAGGGCACCGGAAUCCGCUACCUAGGCAUCGAGGCCCACGACUCGCCCAGCUUCGACAUGAGUCCCUACUUCCACCCCUCAGCUGACUUCAUCCACCAGGCGCUGAGCGAGAGAGGAGGAAGGAUCCUUGUACACUGUGCCGUCGGGGUGAGCCGCUCAGCCACCUUGGUCCUCGCCUACCUCAUGAUCCGCCACCGUAUGACCCUGGUGGAAGCCAUAAAGACGGUUAAGGACCACCGCGGCAUCAUCCCCAACCGGGGCUUCCUGCACCAGCUGGUCUCCCUGGACAACUCCCUGAGGCUGAAGCGGCGAGCAUGAGCAGGGAGGGGAGAGGGCACUGUUCAGCGUCCGGUGCUCAGCCCAACCCUACUGCCAACUGAGCAGCAGACACAGGGCUUUCAUCAUGGGCCAGGCACUUGGCAGGUGCAGCUGGACUCCCUCGGCCCAUGUCCACCCUGUCCAGGGGGGUCCUCAAGGAGUGGAAGCUAUUCAGAGGGGCCCCCAACCUGCAGUCCUGUGGUCUAUGGAGGCCUAACAUGCAACCUCCUUCCAGGCUGCAAGACUUAGAGGUGUACCCUGGCUCUGGGAAGCCCACACGGGUUGGUUCUGCCAGAGGGCACACCCAGGCAGCAAGCCAGCCCUGCCUGUUGUUGCUGCGAGAUCCAAGCUGCGUGCAUUUCUUGGUGACAAUGAGAAUUAGGCCUGGCCCAUGGAGUCGUAGACUAGGGGUGCCCUCAAUGUAAAACAUUUAUCUGUCAGAAUAAAGUUACUGCAGAGGAAAAACAUAUGUCCCCCCACUUCUGUGUUUUGGAUCAUCUUUGCCCAGACCCCAAAGGAGGUUGAGAGAUAGGUUCUAGACUGUGUGUAUUCAGGGAUCACAUCCCACCAAAAAGCUGAAAUGCUGCUGCCUCUUC